AUGAGUAGCCCAAAGCGGAGGAUCGAAACGGAUGUGAUGAACUCGCAGCCCAUACUCAUUUUUUUUUCGAUUUACAGGCAAGAGUUCUACGUCCGCUUCAAGGGCCCUGAAGACACCCCGUUUGCAGGAGGCCACUGGAAGAUCCAUGUCGAAUUACCCGAUCAGUACCCAUACAAAAGCCCCAGUAUUGGCUUUGUGAAUCGCAUUUUCCAUCCGAAUAUCGAUGAGCUGUCCGGCUCAGUGUGCUUGGAUGUUAUUAACCAGACCUGGUCGCCCAUGUACGACAUGGUCAAUAUUUUCGAAGUGUUUCUACCGCAGCUGUUGCAUUACCCCAACCCUUCCGACCCGCUGAAUGGCGAAGCAGCGGCCAUGCUGAUGCGUGACCCAAAGAACUACGAAAACAAAGUCCGAGAUUACGUCGCCAAAUAUGCCAGCAAGGAAGCAGCCGAUGAAGGAGGUGAAGAGACCGAGUCGGACGACGAGUUGAGCUCUGUCGGUAGCUACGAGUCUGAGGGCGAGGAGCCCGCCGGCACCAUGGACGACGUCUGA